UUAUUUUGGUUAGAACCAACUUUGUAGGACGGAAAGCCUAGACUUAAACCUGAAGAUACCUCGAUAACAACAAAUCCUGCUUUGGAGUAAAGGCCUCUGUUCUGAAACCGAAAAAAGCUCAGCGUUAGUCAAGCCAGAGUGCCAUGGACUUCAACGUUAAGCGGUUAGCCGCGGACGCCGGUACCUUCCUGAGCCGCGCGGUGCAGUUCACAGAGGAGAAGCUUGGCCAGGCGGAGAAGACCGAGUUGGACGCCCAUCUGGAGAACCUGCUGGUCCGAGCAGAGGGCACCAAGCAAUGGACGGAGAGGAUCAUGAAGCAGACCGAGGUCCUGCUGCAGCCCAACCCGAAUGUCCGGCUUGAAGAAUUUGUGUACGAGAAACUGGAGAAAAAAGUCCCGACGCGAAUGAACAACCAUGAGCUGCUGGGCCAUUCCAUGAUUGACUCGGGAAACGAAUUUGGUCCUGGGACUGCCUACGGAAAUGCUCUGAUAAAAUGUGGUGAGACGGAGAAACAGAUCGGUGGGGCAGAGCGGGAGCUCAUCCAAAGUGCUGCCAUCAACUUCCUGACACCUUUCAGAAACUUUCUAGAGGGCGACUUCAAAACCAUCCUGAAAGAAAGAAAGUUGCUGCAGGUCAAACGCCUGGAUCUAGAUGCAGCCAAGACCAAGCUAAAGAAAGCCAGGAUGGCUGAUGCGAGAGCUGUGGCAGAGCAGGAGUUGAGGAUGACCCAGAGUGAGUUCGACCGGCAGGCAGAGAUCACCCGGCUGCUGUUGGAGGGCGUCAGCAGCACUCAUGCACACCACCUACGCUGCUUGAAUGACUUUGUGGAGGCCCAGACUACAUACUACGCACAGUGUUACCAGUACAUGGUGGAUCUCCAAAAGCAGCUGGGCAGUUUCCCCUCAUCAUUCUCCAACAACAACCAGUCUUCAGUGUCGGGCGGGGCCAGCAUCUCGGUGCCCACCAUCCCGGUGUCAGCCUCACUGCCCAGUGUGUCCGCGGGCCACGGCAGCUCUACGGCGUCGGGCGGAUUUAAUGAAUUGCGUAGCUCCAACGGCAGCCGCAAAGCCAGAGUCCUUUACGACUACGACGCUGCCAGCAGCAGCGAGCUUUCUCUGCUGGCUGAUGAGGUGAUCAUGGUCAGCAGCGUCCCGGGCAUGGACUCAGACUGGCUGAUGGGGGAACGAGGCAGCCAGAAGGGCAAAGUGCCAAUCACCUACCUGGAGCUGCUUAACUGAGCUCAAGUAGUAAUCCCAUAUUUAUAUAGUGUUGCAGAGACAGGCCUCACCUUCUCUUCCAUUUCAGUCAUUUUACAAUGAGUUUUUAUUCGUAUGAAAAGAAGACGGAGUAGGGGUGGGCGGUCCGGCCAAAAGAUCAUGUGGCGAUCUUUUGGGAUAGAAUCACGAUCCAUGAUCUGAAUCAAGAUUAUUCUCACUAUCUAGGCUAUCCAAAACAAAUGAGUGUCUUAUGUCAGAAAAAGACAAAUGAAAAGAAAAUAUAGUACCACCAGCACAAUACUUAAUCUUCCACAGUGAUGCAGUGAUCAUAUGGUUAUGCUGUCUGCAAUGCUGAAGUGGAUUACGUAUCCAUAUGUUUUGCGGAAGCAAAUACAUUACUCUACAAUCUACAGUCUAGAUUACUUCUCUCUGGUUAAUUUCUGCAGUGGAGACCUUCAGUUCUCUUUUUUACUCGUCACCAAUUUAUUUCCUGUUGUGCAGCUGUCGUCACAGACUCCGGCGUGUUGAACUGGACCAAACAAACACGUUUAUGGCUGAUUAACAUUGAAAGACAUACAUUGACAGACUCCAAAACACUCGCUAGCCUAGCAACAUAAAAAUGUAAAAUCUGUUGGUUGUAAUGCUUGGACGCGCAGUUUUCUGUAACAAGACUGUCUUGUGUUAGAGUCAUUACGGUAUCCGUGUUCUCCGCAGUGCUGCAGACCCUUCCCCGCGAUCUAUACGAUUCCUCUGAAAAGUAGAUCAUAUACAUAAUUAAGAUCGUCAGGUCGCCCACCCCUUAAAUGAGUCCCACUUUUAGAGGACUUAAGCUGGAUUGACUAAAUCUUAGUGACGGGAAAGGAACUGGACCCGUUCCCUGAAAGUGUUUGUAUGCGAUUGCAGUACAUUUUAAAAAAAAAAACCUGCUUCCAUGCCUUUGUGUUCGAUGCCAUGCAGUCUUCAAUAUGUACCAGAGCAUCUCCCAAACUGUAACUUUUAAAAAAUGUUUUUGUUUACAAAAUAUAUAUGAUGUUCUUUUUUUCCAAGUAGUGGAACAGUAGGUAAAUUGUAAUGGCAAAAAAUGCUCAUCAGUUUGAAGUAUAGUGUGAUGUGUAUUGUUUUUAAAGUCUUAUUAUUGAUAAUUGCAUGGUGCAGUGGCUCUUAUGGUUAUCCUACGUAUGAUUUUGUUUUUCUUUUUUUACAUUAUCGUAUGUGUUGUUUGUCAGCUUUAUUCACUUGGAGCCUUACUGUACAGUGAGUCAUACACUGUUCCAGUAGCCAACACACAGUUAUGAAAGUCACAUGUCAAACAUGAUAUUAAGUGCAUGUCACAGUCAAUCGGUCUUUGCUAUUUGCAGCCACACCAACAGUAUUGAGACUCAGCCAAGUCUCCGUUCUUAGUAUCUGGAAACCAGCAUUUCAACAUUUCUUUUGGACGUUUAUCAGCUAUUACAUAAAUACACAAUUUGUGAUAUGUUCACUGCCUCAGGUUUUGUUCGACGUAGUGUUUACUCUAAAUUAAGAAAAGGCCCAAAAGACUUAGACUGUCAUCAUCGUAUAUCAUUUCAUCAGUUUCCCCCAAACCUCCAUGUCAAGCAGUUUUUAUAUGCAGUCUAUGAUUUAAAAAAAGAAAGAAAGAAUCCUGUUACAUUCUGGGAGAUUUAAGUAAUUGCUAUACAGCUGCUUUUUGUUUUGUGUGGAACUGAUAAGCAUAUAAUGUAAAAUAAAUAUGCAGUAUGGUGAAUUUAAAUAAAAAAAACAAUAUCACUUUUA